UUUUAACUUGUGUGAUGAAAGCUGGAAAUGAAUACUUCAUCACUGACCCACAUAAUGGCGAUAUAUCUGGCUCGGUAAACGGAGCUCUGUCGUGUUUCACAGCCCGCUCCUCCGCUGUGCGCUCGAGGUGCAGCGGGAGCUAUCUGCGGCGCGCUUCGCCUCCCAUCUUUCUCCGCCUGGAUCCGACUCCUCUCUCCAUCUCGCUUCCAGAGAGAGGAGUGGAGGGGAAAGGAGAAGCGGUACACACCGAGAGAGGGGCGACGGAAACGGGAAAAGUAACUGAACUGCAGUGCUGAGACAUCAUCAAGGGUUUCCUGCCUGGGAUUCCAACCUGAAGGGCCCUGCCUGAGGCGGCGGACCAACCCCAGGAGAGGAGAGUUCAGCCUGGCCUUUAACUGAUCCGACACUCCCACAGCUCACUUUCCAAUAAAGAACCUCCCCCUCACCCUGGGGCCCUGGCUCUAUUCUCCCAGCUCUCCCCCACCUUCAUCUUCUUAGCACCCCCUGAUCAAUCCAUCCCCAGAACUUCCCAGACUCUGGCGUCCUCGCUCAUCCGUCCCUGCCUCGUUGAGUCUCCCCUGGGGUGCUGAGGCCAUGGCGGUACCUUCAUCCCACGAGUUUCACUGGCAGAGUCUGGCACGACUGGCAAGCGGCCGCGUCUACCACAGUCUGUCUGAGGUGGGGGGGCAGAUGUACAUGCUAGGGGGCUGCGACGCUGUGGGGAGGCCCUGCCCGGCCAUGGAGCUAUACUCCCCUGAGGGGGACCGCUGGAUGAGUUUGCCUCCCAUGCCCACCCCUCGUGCUGGGGCAGCUGUGGCAGUGCUGGGGAAACAAAUCCUGGUGGUGGGAGGAGUGGGAGAGGACCAGAGCCCCCUGAAGGUGGUGGAGAUGUACAACACAGAGGAAGGGAGGUGGAGGAAGAGGAGCGCUCUGCGGGAGGCCUUGAUGGGUGUAUCCAUCACUGUGAAAGAUGGCCGGGCUCUGGCUGUGGGGGGAAUGGGUGCUGACCUGCUCCCUCGCAGCAUCCUGCAGCAGUAUGACCUUCGAAAGGACGUGUGGGCGCUACUUCCUCCCAUGCCGACCCCACGUUACGAUGCAAACACACAUCUGCUGGCCAACAGGCUCUACGUGGCAGGCGGUCGCCAGUGUAAGCGACCAGUGAAGGCCUUCGAGGUGUUUGACGCAGAGACGCGUUCUUGGACUACGUUACCCAUCAUGCCUUGUAAACGCUCGUAUGGGGGCGUCAUAUGGGAUACAACUGGGAGGUUGUGUCUACUUGGAGGACUGCGGCAGGGAGGACACCAGAGCUCCAAGUUCACCAAGAACGUCAACAUUUUUGACACCAACCAAGGCAGCUGGUUGAAGUCGGAGGAGACGGUGGCGAUGAAAACGAAGAGAGCUGACUUUGCUGCUGCUUUCCUGCGUGGCCGGAUGGUAGUUGCAGGAGGACUUGGUCACGAGCCCUCGGCGCUGGACACAGUGGAGGCCUUCCAUCCUCAGAAGAAGAAGUGGGAGAGGUUGGCUCCUAUGACCUUCCCCCGAUGCUCCACCUCCUCCAUCGUCAUCAGAGACCGCCUCCUGGUGGUGGGAGGAGUCAACCAGGUUCCCAGCUCGGCCCAUGAGAUCCUGUAUGUAAAGAAGAAGAGUAUCUGUAGCCUGUAGUAAUUGACACCAGAUGAAUGCAGCAGAUCAGAGAAUCCACUUCCUCGACCCUCCUGAAUCAGACUUUAGUGCAAUAUAUAGGAAGCAGUGAAACAGAGAGAGCCCCUGACUUUGUGAUGUUACGUAACAGACGACACUGCCCCCUACUGGGCUGUACUGACACUGAGCCCCACAUGGAAGCACACACAUGCACAAUGGAGGAGCUGGCUCUUUCUUUAUACAGAGUUUUGUUUCUUGAUACUUUAGUAAGUGACACUUCUGCAUUGUACGCUGCAGUGGAUACAUGGAGAAGAAUCUAUUUUGUAGCUUCUAUGUUGAGUAAUGUAGACAGAAAAUACAUGGAAAACCUAUUUUAUGGCAUAUAUGCAUUUCAUGUUUGGUUUGUGUGGGGAUGCACGAUAUGGAUAUUUUUCAGCUGAUACCGAUAAUUGUUUGCUUCUCAUGACCGAUAUCAAUAAGAUAAUCGAUAAUUACACAUUUUUGUAUUUUAAAAAGAAGUUCAUAACCUGUAGUUUAUGUAUGUAACCUGUGUAUCACAGUAUGAGGGUAAGAAUGGAGUCCCUGGGAACAUGUGUGCAGGUGUGUAGAUACUACGUAAGACAAUAAAAGCAAUUAGGCUUUGUAUUAUCAACUUUAUUUUUAUUUCAUUAUCAAAAUAAUACUUAAUAAUAUACAUUUUUCAUAAUGGGAUGAUAAUUCAUCCGCCCAAUAUAUAUUGUGCAUCCCUAGUUUGUGUGUUUGUGUUUGUGUGUGUUCAGCUUGCUAACAAGCGAGCAUUUGUAUAAAGCGUGUUUUCCACAGAGGAUUAUAAUUGAGUUUGAUGACAUGACUGCAAUAUUUGUAUAUUAUUUAAUAUCAUCUUGCGAGAAAAAAACCUCACUACAAAGUGAGUAAUGUUUGGUUGAACUGUACUGUAACAAACUUUGCACUAAAGCAAUUAGCACUGAGUGGGAGUUGAUUUUACCAUCAAUAAUUUCUAGUGUAAUGUAUCGUAGUAAUUACACUGAGAACGCUGUGCCAUCACUCUUCUGCGCUGUGACCGUGCACACGUGUGUGAUCACAGGUUUCAUUUAUGCAUUUCAUACAUGAAAAGAAACUAGACAAUAUGUUGUUUGUGUAAGGGGAGACAGAAGGCCUACAGGUAAUAAAUAUAAUUAUAUAAUAAAUGUACUAAUAUUUAUCCCCAUGAAACUUCCCCAGCUGAUUACUUACAUUAAAACAAUUAUGUUUUGUAUUACAAGUUUUCUGAAAUUGUAUGUUUAAAUAUGCAGAUGAGGCAUUAAGUUAUUAAAUAUGAGCUAAUUACAUUACCAGAACAGAAAUGUGAACAUUGGAUGAAGAUUGAAUCUGAUAAUACUGUCAACAGACAUAAAAUAUAUAUAAUAUAUCAUUGUUUACAUGUCUUUAGGAGUACAAUGUUAAAUAAAUCAGGCUAUGAAUGAAAUAUGAUUAACCUCUUAACCUCAACCCUCUUUAUAAACCUUCAGAUUAUAGAUUCUGGAAAGGUUGGUGUAUGUCAGAGCUGCUGAAGUGGAGAUUUCCAUUCAUUUGGCAACACACUGCAGGUGAUUAGGGUACAAAUAUUAACAAAUAGAUACCAGCAUGAAACUUCCCCAGUCGAUUACUUACAUUAAGACGAUUACUUUUUGAAUUGUAUGUUUAAAUAUGCAAGUUAGUCAUUAUGUUGGAGAAAUCUAACAACACAAAUAGAUCAAGUUGGGAAAAUAAACACUUAAAUGUGUAUUUUGGAUGUUUUUUGUUGCACAAAAUUGACCAGUGCAUGAUAAAACCUUGUGUCUGCAGUGUCUCCCCUUAACUAAUUACCAGACUGCUGUUGUAGGCAAAGCAAUGUUUGACUCUGAACGACUGUACGCACGUUAUUCCUGCAGCAAUACAAGUUCUCUUCUUUUCAGUGACUCAUCUGUGCAAUGUGCUGUGCUGUAACAACCAUCAGUUAACACCUCACUCAGGUUGUGAUGUUACAGACCGGCUUUCGUGACUUCGAAGAUCAUUUACUGACUGUCUUUUUGGCUCAGGCUGUUGUGUAACAGGUGACUAAGCUGUGAAAUAUUUCAUCGUGAAGACUUCAUUUCAACAUGAUCAAUCUCUGAUUUGUCCUUCACUCAAUCAUGUCAUGUAAUAUUGAGGAUAUGAGGAAUCAUAUCCAGUGGAAUAAAUGGGAU